UUUAAUUUUGUCCUUCAAAACUUUACCACAAAGAUAUAAAGGUAUAUUGUAACAGCUUUAGAGUUGACCCUCUUUUAUUGGACAUUGCUGGUAUGGGGCCAGGCUAGUGAAUUGACAGAAUAAUGUCCUACAAAAUCAAGUCGCUCUGGAAUAUCUCCCAAGAGUACCUUUAAUUUGGCAGAUGUUUGGGGUUGUGUGCGUGUAUUGGCGAAGCAGAGCUGUGAUAACUUUCUCCUGAGAUGUUUUUCCUGUUGCUUAUAUUGUUGUUAUGGUGACAUGUCCCCUCAGAUAAAGAACGCAGCGGCGAAUGUUCUACGAGAGACUUGGCUGAUAUACAAGCACACCAAACUGAUGAAGAAAAUUGACCACUCCCGCGUACGCAAGCAUCAGAGGAAGUUCCUCCAAGCCAUUCACCAAUUGCGAAGUGUUAAAAUGGAGCAGAGAAAACUCAGUGAUCAAGCCAAUACUCUGGUGGACUUAUCAAAGAUGCAGAGCGUCAUGUAUGAGCUGAUGUCUGAGCUGAACGACCGCAGUGAGGAUCUGGAGAGGCAGAUGUUAGGUCUGGAGCAGCGGGUGGAGCAGCUGACGGCCGGCUUUAAUGCUCUGCCCGCUCAUUUGUCGGCCACGCUCACUUCCCAACAUGCCGCGCUCGUUCAACUAUUGCGUGAGCGUGAUGCCAAGGUCCUGAGCCCCACUGUGCCCUCUGCCCUCUCACCCACCGCUGCCAACCCCCUCUCCGGCUCUGGCUCCGUCCCGACUCAGCCCACCGAGGACAGUCCUAACACCAGCAGCUCCAGCUGCUGAGACCCCGGUGUGGGAAGUUCCCUCCGAGGCAGAGAGAUAGAGGAUUAGUCGAAACGAAGAGAUGACAUAACCAUACAUACGCAUUCACAUAUGAUGCACUAUAACAACGAGCAUAACACAGCUUAACGCCAGAAUAUACAGUGUAAUGAUGAAGGAGGCGCUGACAUUUGCACAAAAACCCUAUGAGAAAACUGCCAUAUUUCAUGUAGUCCACAAGACGGACGUACUCUACUGUUACCAUGAAUGUAUACAUUUUAGAAGACACUGACUCAGACAUGUUAACAUGCAUGGACACUCACUCACUCACUCACUCACACACAAACACACACUUUUUCUGAUUCUGUCUUUGCUACCAAAGUGCUCUGUCUAUAGUUGACUAAAAAUUGAGUGAGGUGUGACUUGCAAAACAUGGAACUAGGGUGCUUGGUAUUAGAGAGAUUAUAAAUAAUCAACAGCUGAGAAUGUUAUGAUAUCUGGACAGCACUUUUUACAGUCUGCAAGAGACUAACAGCCAUUUGAGCAAAGCAUUAUUUCGAAGAGCAACGCUGAAGCCAGUAAAUACGUUAUAAAACCCACCCCAUCAAGGUGGAACAGCUGCUCACACGGAAAUAACUGUAGAAUGAGUGAUUAUAGUCAUUUUCUUAGUGGGAUUGCUUCUAUUAUAAUGGUGUUGGAAUAAUAGACUAUUUUACUUCUGACCCCGUUUCAAUGGAGAGACCAUUUUGAAAACUGACUAAUAGUGACAUCCUGUGGCCGGAAUACUGAAUUACAUCCGCUUGGAAUAUUGUACAGUAUGCUACUACUGAAACUUAGCUUUGUAUCGCUCAGUUUUUUACCAUUAAUAAUUACUGAUGCAGUUAUAGCUCACAUUUAUUAUAAUUAUACGAUAGCCUUCUUCUCAUUCGUCAUGGAAAUUAUGAUUGCUGUAUAAAUAACGAUUUUUAUUAAUAUUAAUUAUAGAUAAGGGAGGUGCCGUUUGAGGUUGAAAUUAUUUUGUAAUUUUAUUUUACCAGAGAGAAUUAAUAAAGUAUAUAUAUAUACAUGA